AUGGGUGAGGCUCUAGCAUUGGCGCCCGAUCUUGUGAAAGGGAACCAAAUGGUCGCAUCGGUAUUCAAUUUGCUGGACAGAAGGACACAGAUGGGGGAUGAUGGAGAAGUGUUGACAAAUGUGGAGGGUACAAUUGAGCUAAGAGGUGUAAAGUUUAGCUAUCCUUCAAGGCCAGAUAUUUUGAUUUUCAAGGAUUUGGAUCUAAGGGUGGUUUCAGGAAAAAGCAUGGCUUUAGUGGGACAGAGUGGCUCUGGUAAAAGCUCUGUUCUUGCUCUGCUACUUCGGUUCUAUGAUCCAACAGUGGGGAAGGUGAUGAUUGAUGGCAUAGACAUCAGGAAACUCAAUCUCAAAUCUCUUCGUGAACACAUUGGUCUAGUCCAACAAGAGCCAGCUCUUUUUGCCACAUCAAUCUAUGAGAACAUCUUGUAUGGGAAAGAAGAAGCCUCCGAAGCAGAAGUGAUUGAAGCAGCUAAGCUUGCUAAUGCUCAUAGUUUCAUCAGUUCCCUUCCUGAGGGUUAUUCAACCAAAGUUGGUGAACGAGGGGUACAAUUAUCUGGUGGACAGAAGCAAAGAGUGGCCAUUGCCCGAGCAGUCCUAAAAAAUCCUGAAAUCUUGUUACUAGAUGAAGCCACCAGUGCUCUAGAUGUAGAGUCCGAGCGUAUUGUGCAACAAGCUCUAGACGGAUUGAUGAGGAACCGAACAACAGUCAUGGUGGCACAUAGGUUUUCCACAAUAAAGAAUGCAGACCAAAUAUCUGUUAUACAGGGAGGGAAAGUGAUAGAGCAGGGAACUCAUUCUAGUCUUCUACAGAAUAUAGGUGGAGCAUACUUUAACAUAAGGUACUGUGAUGAAUUAAAGCACAAAAGAAUGAGCUUUAAGGCAAGUUUUAAUUCUAAAAAGGAUUUUGAUGACCACGAUGGUGUGGAGAUCAACUACGGUGGUGGUUGGGCGGUGUUGAAGUUUGGUGAAUGGAUGGAGACCAACUAUAAUGGUGGUCAGGCGGUGUUAAGGUUCGAUGGUGAGAAGGUUUUGGUUGGGUUUGUCGUUGGCGGCUACUGCGGGUGGUCGGUGAAGAGGAGGGAGGAGAUCGGCUAUAUGAAUGAGUAUUAUUGGCUGGGUUUUGGUUGGGUGAUGGCUAUUGUGGCGGCUAGAUUAUGGUUGACGAGGAUGAUCGGUGAUGAGAGCUAUGUAGGCCGAUGUGCGGGUAAAGAAGAUGAAGGAUUCAAGUUAAGAGGAUGA